GGGUUCUCACUGGCGGCUUAUCCGGAGAUAAUGAGAGCAGCGUAGCAAACCAAAUUUCAGGGGCAAAUUUUUCAAUCCGAUUUUAGGGUUUAUUCCCACUCAUCAUUCCAUCGCAUCCUCUUUCAAUUUCUUAGUGUAAUAUCUCUCACAACACAAAGAUAACGAUGCAUGAACUGAAACGCUGACUUCUUCAUCGUGGAAGUACUCCGUCUUCAUUCUGCUAUGGUACGUCGGUAAUCCGUCACCUUCCAAGCAAGAUUUCGCAUUCUCCAUUCAAAGUCGGUGCUAGGGUGAGCUCGAUGGAGCUGCUUCUUCGUAAUCCCACUGACACCCACUUCAUCUGUUAAGGUUCCUUCUUCGCCGACCUUAUCUGAUUCUCCGUAAUCCCUCCAACACUCCUCGACAUCUACGAUGGUUAGUACUUCUCGACUCGGUCCUGGUCUUAUUCUUUGCUAGUAUGCUUCUUUUCUUCCCCUAUUUACUAUUAGGAUAUAUUUGAUUUGUGGUCAAUGUUCUUAUUGAUCAAAAUUGUUUGUCUCAAAGAAUUGAUCAAAGUUUUGAAAAAGAAAAUGAUUCCAGUCAGCAAUAGAGAUGAUAUAAAAGCCAUAACUUCCAUCUCUACUGGAAAUAAUGAAUUUAUUGGAAUAAUUGUUGAAGCCAUUGAUAAAAUCGGUCAUGAUGGAAUAAUUUCUAUUGAAUCUUCUUCAUCAAGUGAAACUUUUGUGAUUGUUGAAGAAGGAAUGAAGAUCGACAAAGGAUACAUGUCUCCUCAUUUUGUCACAAAUCAGAACAAUUUUUCUGUGGAAUUUGAAAAUGCUAAAGUCCUGAUAACAUAUCAAAAGAUAUCAUCUGUGAAAGAAAUUGUCCCAUUGCUAGAAAAGUGUACUCAAUUAAGUGUCCCUUUGCUCAUUUUUGCUGAAGAUAUCUCAAUCUCAGUUCUUGAAACCCUAAUUGUUAACAAAAAUCAAGGUUUACUUAGGGUUGCUAUUGUGAAAUGUCCUGGUGUUGGGGAAAGAAAGAAAGCUUUACUUCAAGAUAUUGCCCUCAUGACAGGAGCUGAUUUUUUAUCUGGAGAUUUGGGUUUCACAACUGUUGUAGCUGAUCCAUCCAUGAAAGCUGAAAUCAAAGCAAGAAUUUCACAAAUAAAGAAAGAUCUUUCUGAAACAGAUAGUUCUUAUCUUUCCAAAAAGCUCAGUGAACGAAUUGCAAAACUCUCUGGUGGUGUUGCCACUAUCAAGGUCAGUUUAUUUAUUAAUUAUGACUAAAAUACUGUAUAUAUAAUGAAUUGAAAGAAUUUUGGUUAUCGGUAGGGGCUCACACUGAGAUGGAAUUAGAAGACCGAAAGCUAAGAAUUGAGGAUGCAAAAAAUGCCACGUAUGUAGCCAUGGAUGAGGGUAUUGUGCCUGGUGGUGGGGCCACUUAUAUUCAUCUUCUUGAGGAAAUUCCAUCCAUUAAAAAGUUAAUGGAAGAUCCAGAUGAAGAAAGUGGUGUCAACAUCAUAGCAUCUGUAUGUUUCUGUUUCCUAUGUUCUUUCUACAUUAAGUCAAAAAGUCAAAAAGAAAACUGAUAUAGCUUACUAGAUUAAGUUACUUACUAAUCAUGUAUUACAGGGACCAAAAUUAGACAUAUGCCCAACUGUUCACUCUCCCCUUUUAAAUAACUAUAGGAAAUUAGACUAAUUUAAAUAUUUUAAAAUCAUCACAGGCUUAUAUUUUGUUGUUGACCACCCUUUUUUCAAAAUCAUCCUGCAUUUUCACCUUCAACCUCAAUAAUUUGUGAUAGGUCUGGUUUUAUAAAAGGAAGAUGCAACAUGUUUCAUUUAUUAAGUGAGGUUUUUUGGCUUAACCCAUUAAGUGAUUAUGCAUAGAUUAAUUAAAAAAGAAAGAGACAUAUAUAGCUAUCCAUAUUAAGUGCUUAACUCAUUAACUCAAAAAGAAACACCACCUCAAUCUGGUUUAAUGUGGUAUCUAGGUAUGUUGGAAUGCUCUUUGUGAAGAGUAGUGGAAAGCCAAUGGAGAUGCUGGGAAAGCUAAAUGGGCUCACAGGCUUUGCUCCCAAUGAAGAAAUAAAAUUGUUUGAGGAAAUCAAAUUCGAACCUAAUGUCAUGUGUGAACACAUUGAUAAGAAGCUAACAUUUCGAGCUAGUCAGCUUGAAGAUGGGGAAAAUAUGGCGAUAAUAGAAGCUGUGCUUUUCACUUAAGGGCUGUUUACAAGGGCUAUAUUGAUAAGAAUGUUUGGGUUGGUCUCAAAUCUCUGCCUGUUGUUGUUAAGGUUCUCAACAAGGAGGGUCUUCAAGGCCACAGAGAAUGGCUUGUAAGCUCCUCUAGUUCUUUGUCCUUGCAACUAGACUGAAGUUAAUUUCCUUGGUAAGCUCAGACAUCCCAAUUUGGUGAAAUUGAUUGGGUAUUGCUGUGAAGAUGACCACAUAAUGCUUGUUUAUGUGAGAGAAGGCGUUUUCAACAGUGGGGACACCGGACUAUAUUGCCCCUGAUCUGAAGCGUUGUUGAAGAAAGGACAUGGGAUGGAUUGUGUACAGCCUGGUGGUGUUAAUUGGAUUUUUGAACUUGAGGAACUUCUUGAUGCUGCACAAUCUGAUGAAAAUGCUGGUACUUCAUCAAAGUCCAAUGAGGAAUCUAAGGAUGUUAUCUCUUUUUUGGAGGUUGAUAUUAUCACGCCAACACAUAAUUUAUUAGCAAGAAAGUUGACUUGCGAGAUAUUACCAGGGAAAAGCCUUCUUCUUACCGGGUUGAUGAAAGCGAAUAACUCUGGAGUUAGAAGAGGAAAAGAAAGCUCAAGCUGAAAGAGAUAAGAUGCUGCAAAUGCAAGUGUUGCAUUCUUCAUUUCAAUUGUUAGUAUGAAACAAAGAGUAGAUUAGAUGAAUGCAAAUUUAUAUAUUGUAAGAAAUAGAAUUGUAUGACAUUAAAUUUUAUGCAAUUUAUUGUAUUUUUUGUA